CCAAACGAUAUAUUUUCAGUAUCAAGUACCUAGGUAAAUAAAAUACAAGGAAGAAACAAUCAAAAAUACUCAAGUGAUAAAUUGAUUGAAUAAUGUCGGUUGUUAAAUGUGAUAAAUGUGCUCCUCUUAAAUAUGAAUCAUUAAUUGAAGCCGCUGAUUAUAUUAAAACAAAAAUAUCAUUUACUCCGAAAGUUGGGAUUAUUUGUGGCACUGGUUUAGGAUUAGUGGGUAAAAUAGUGGAAAAUGCAAUUCCUAUAAAAUACGAAGAAAUUCCUAACUUCCCCGUAUCUGGUGUUGAAGGUCAUGCUGGUCAAUUAUUAUUAGGAUACUUAAGUGGUGUUCCUGUAAUGGUAAUGCAAGGACGCACACAUCAUUAUGAAGGAUAUCCAUUAUGGAAAUGUGCAUUACCAGUACGCGUUAUGAAACUUUUAGGCGUAACACAUUUAAUUGUAUCAAAUGCCGCCGGUGGUGUAAAUCCAAAAUUAAAUGUAGGAGAUAUUAUGUUAAUUAAAGAUCAUGUUAAUUUUAUGGGAUUUACUGGUAAUAAUCCAUUACAAGGACUAAAUGACAAGCGUUUUGGGCCAAGAUUUUUAUCAUUGACAAAUGCAUAUAAUAAGAAAUUAAUUCAAAUUGGAAAAGAAGUAGCUGAAGAAUUAAAUAUUGAAAAUAGAGUUAAAGAUGGUAUAUUUACAUGUUUGGGCGGUCCAAAUUUUGAAACACCGGCUGAAAUAAAUUUUCUAAAAUUGGCUGGUAUUGAUGCUGUUGGAAUGUCAACAAUUUAUGAAGUGAUUACAGCUCGCCAUUGUGAAAUGGAAGUAUUAGCUUUUAGUUUGAUAACCAAUAUAACUGCUUCCGAGGAUAAUAGUGAUUUAGAACAUGAUCAUGAUCAAAAUGUUGACGUUGGUAAAAGUAAUGAGGGUCUUCUACAAUGUUUUGUAAAAAAUGUCGUAGAAAAAAUUAAUAAAUUAUAGAAAGUAUUGAAAUCGUUCGAAGUAUUAUGUCUUUUACAUUU